AUGAGCGUUCGAAGUUGAAAGUACGUUGCCCUUGAAAUAUUAUGUCCAAAUAAUAAGUCUCAUUCGGUUUGCCGGUAUAUGAUAAAACACGAAUUUCACCGCUGUAAAGUAUAGAAAUGGCCGAAAAAUUAGAUAUUAUCCUAUUUGGUGUGUCGGGAUUCACUGGGAAACACGCUCUCAAGUAUGUACAUAAAUUUGCCAGCGCCAAAGGUCGACAGUUAACCUGGGGCGUAGCUGGAAGAAACGAGACUAGAAUACGCACCAUUUUGAGCGAUUUGGAAAAGGAAACUGGAGAUGCGAAUGUUUCAAAGGUGCCUAUCAUCCUUGCAGACUUAUCAGAUGUUCAGUCUAUACAGAAUAUGGCCUCCAGGGCCAGACUCUUGAUAAACUGUUGCGGCCCCUAUAGAUUCAUGGGAGAAACCGUUGUUAAGGCCUGUGUAGAAGCUGGUACUCACCACGUAGACGUCAGCGGGGAGCCAAUGUACAUGGAAAAGAUGCAAUUGGAGUAUAACGAGAAGGCAAAAGAAAAGGGGAUUUACAUUGUCAGCGCCUGCGGUCUCGACAGUAUCCCUUGCGAUUUGGGGCUGAUAUUUCUUCAGAAGAAGUUCGAGGGAACGUUGAAUUCCGUUGAGACGUUCUUAAAAACCGGCAGCGAAGAUCCUGCUCUGUCAGGACCAGCCAUCAACUAUGGUACGUGGGAAUCGGCAGUGUAUGGAAUGGCAAAUGCUGAUCAGUUGAGGCCUCUGAGAACCAAACUGUUCCCGAAGAGGUUGCCCAAGCUUGAACCUCGUCUAGCCACCAACAAAAUUCCUUUUAAGGCACCUGUUGGGGAUGAAUGGGCUGUCAUUUUCCCAGGUUCAGAUCGUUCGGUUAUGUUGAGAACCCAGCGUUACUUGUAUGAGGAGAAGAAGCAACGUCCAGUCCAGGUCCAAACGUAUUUUCUCGUGGCUUCUAUAUGGCAACUCAUGAUUCUAACAGUAUUCGGACUGGUUUUUUCCAUCCUUUCGAAAUUCCAAUUCGGUAGGAAUUUACUAUUGAAAUAUCCAAGUCUCUUUACUGGCGGUAUAUUCGACACUAAAGAACCAUCCGAAGAAAUGAUUGAAAAAUCCUGGUUUAAAAUAUCUUUGCUGGGUAAAGGAUGGAAGGAAAAUUUGUCCGGUCCGGAGGACCAAUACAAAAAUCCACCGAACAAGGGGAUUCUCGCUGAAGUUAGAGGGAAGAAUCCCGGUUACGGCUCUACAUGCAUCUGUCUGGUGUUGGCUGGCAUCGUUAUACUCACCGAACCCUCUAAUUUACCCAAAGCCGGGGGAGUAUACCCCCCUGGAGCGGCUUUUGCUGAGACUUCCCUCAUCGAACAGUUGGACGAGAACGGGGUCACUUUCAAGGUUAUCAAAGAAUUCGAUAUCUCCGAGUGAAGAUAUUAAAUGCUUGGUAACAUUUUUUAACCGGUGAAUUGCAAUAUUAGUUUUUUCAGUUGAUUCGUCCAUUUUUUUGAAGGUUUGGUUUUGUUGAUGUAUUAUUUUAUCUGUAAAAGUUUGAUUCUUGUCUGUUUUCUUUCUUGUUUAUUCGGAUAUGAUUAUAGUUUCUUUGUUUUCAUUGUAUGGUGUUUUGAAGAUUGUUGGUCGAUAUCGAGAUUUAGGAUGGUUAACGGGAUUUAAAAUCUUUUUAACGGUAUACUCAGAAGUCUGAAUAGAGAGGAUGUACUGAAGAAAAUUUUGAUAUUCUGCAACUGGAGGAUUUCGUCUUGUUUUUAUCCUAUUUUUGUAGUGCUGGGUCGUUUAAUCUCAGGUUUGCCAUUUGAUGAGGCGGAAUAUCAAAAUUUGUUAGAUAACCUGUUGGUACUUAUUUUUAUACCUGUUAUUGGAAGUUUUCGAAUUAUUUUCUAAAGUUUAUAUUAUAAUAUGUAUUACUAAUGGUAACGCCUGAAAAUUCAAUAACUAUUUAACCACUAUUUAUUAUAAUUGCAUUUAUUAUUGUUCUAUGUAAACUUUGAAAUAUAUGUUUCUUGGAAGUUU